ACUUGAUACUUUCGAACUGUUUGUAAAUUGAACGCAUUUCUCUUCUCUCCCAUUUCCUGCGCUCUUUCAGUCACUGAGGUCAAAACGAUGGCGUCCCUGGCCGCCGUGUUCCGGCGAAAACUCUCCGGCAAAGUGUUCCACGUUCAUGUGAUGAGAGUUCGAUGGUUCUCGGAUUCCGCUUCGGGUUCGAAUCGAAUAGAGAAGAUUUUGGUCGCGAACAGGGGGGAAAUCGCGUGCAGGAUCAUGAGGACCGCCAAGCGCCUUGGGAUUCGGACCGUCGCCGUCUACAGCGACGCCGAUAGGCACGCUCUCCACGUCAAGUCCGCCGACGAGGCCGUGCAUAUCGGGCCUCCUCCUGCUCGCCUGAGCUACCUCAGCGCCUCGUCGAUUCUUGACGCCGCAGCUCGUACGGGCGCUCAGGCUAUCCAUCCAGGUUAUGGUUUCCUAUCGGAAAGUGCUGAAUUUGCUCAGCUUUGUGAAGAUAAAGGUCUGAUAUUCAUAGGACCUCCUUCGUCUGCAAUUCGGGACAUGGGCGAUAAAAGUGCGUCGAAGAGAAUAAUGGGUGCAGCAGGUGUGCCGCUUGUGCCCGGAUAUCAUGGUAGUGAACAGGAUAUUGAGGUGAUGAAAUUAGAAGCAGAUAAAAUAGGAUAUCCUGUCUUAAUAAAGCCCACUCAUGGGGGCGGAGGAAAGGGUAUGAGGAUCGUGCAGAGUCCGGAUGAAUUUGUUGAGUCUUUCUUGGGAGCUCAACGUGAGGCUGCUGCUUCAUUUGGUGUAAACACAAUAUUGUUGGAGAAAUAUAUUACACAGCCAAGGCACAUUGAAGUCCAGAUAUUUGGGGACAAACAUGAGAACGUUCUACAUUUGUACGAGAGGGAUUGCAGUGUGCAGAGAAGACACCAGAAGAUAAUUGAAGAAGCUCCAGCUCCAAAUAUUUCUGAUGACUUCCGGUACCACUUGGGUCAAGCUGCUGUAUCUGCUGCCAGAGCAGUUGGUUACCACAAUGCUGGCACUGUGGAGUUUAUAGUCGAUACUACCUCUGGCCAAUUUUAUUUCAUGGAGAUGAACACGCGUCUUCAGGUUGAGCAUCCCGUGACUGAGAUGAUUGUAGGUCAAGAUCUGGUAGAGUGGCAAAUUCGGGUGGCAAAUGGGGAACCUCUUCCAAUUAGUCAGUCUCAGGUGCCAUUGUCAGGUCAUGCCUUUGAAGCCCGAAUAUAUGCAGAAAAUGUACCAAAAGGAUUUCUUCCUGCAACUGGAGUUCUCCAUCACUACCGUCAUGUUCCUGUAUCAUCAACUGUUCGAGUUGAGACCGGAGUUGAACAAGGGGACACUGUUAGCAUGCACUAUGAUCCAAUGAUCGCAAAGCUUGUAGUGUGGGGUGAAAAUCGUGCUGCUGCAUUGGUUAAACUGAAAGAUUGUUUGUCAAAGUUUCAGGUUGCAGGAUUACCAACCAACGUUAGUUUUCUUCAAAAACUUGCCAGUCAUUGGGCAUUUCAAGAUGGGAAAGUGGAAACCCAUUUUAUUGAACAUUUUAAAGACGACCUCUUCAUUGACCCUGAUAAUUUAGUAUUAGAAAAAGAAGCAUACGAUGCUGCAAGAUUUAGCGCAGCGUUGGCAGCUGCAUGUGUCAUUGAAAAAGAGCAUUCUGCACGGAAAGAAAAUAUUCCUGGAGGCAAUGGCUUAUUCUCCAUUUGGUAUUCUUCUCCACCUUUCAGAGUCCAUCAUUGUGCGAGUAGUACAAUGGAACUUGAGUGGGAUAAUGAAUAUGAUAUCAGUGGCUCAAAGCCAUUGACACUUUCAAUUACUUAUAAACAAGAUGGGAGCUAUUGUAUCGAGAGCAAAGAAAACAGUUAUCCUGCUUUGGAAGUCAGAGCAACAAAACUGGGCAACAAUGAUUUCAGAGUUGAAGUUGAUGGUGUCAUCAUGAAUGUCAGAUUAGCAGUCUACUCCAAGGACCAGAUCAAGCAUAUUCAUAUAUGGCAUGGAUCACAGCAUCAUCAUUUCAAGCAGAGAAUUGGGCUUGAAUUAUCCGAUGAAGAUGAAUCCCAGCAUAAGCCGAGUUUUGAAACAUCAUCUCAUCCAAAAGGAACUGUUGUGGCACCUAUGGCCGGUUUGGUGGUCAAGGUUCUGGUAAAGGAUGGGACAAAAGUGGAGGGCGGGCAACCGAUUUUAGUCUUGGAGGCAAUGAAGAUGGAGCAUGUUGUAAAGGCACCAUCUGCUGGGUAUGUCCACGGGCUUCAAGUAACAACCGGUCAGCAGGUUUCUGAUGGUGGUGCUCUCUUUAGAAUCAAGGAAUAGGACACAUGAUCGACUUUGAUGACGCCGAAGAGGAUCUGCCUCGCGGAUGUCAAUUGAAAAUUGCUCAAGAACAACGCAAGUUCUGUGUUGAAACGUUCUGUAAUUUCAUUCAUAAAAUUCUCAAAGUGUAUCAAACUUUUACCUAAAAGAAAAAGGAAAAAAGAAAACGUGAUGUAGAUUAUCUAUGCUACUGGAAAUAAAUGGAAAGAAGAAAGUUAUUUUCAUUUU